GUUGAUUGAUCAUUAAUGGCGAAGAAAACCCAAAUGGUCAUUGGAACAUGGGGUAUCAGAAGCAGCUUCCAUUCCCUUAUCGGCCUCCUCCUCACCGUCCUAAUCAUCGCCGCCGUUUAUCUUACCCAAGACAGAGGACGGCCAUCGGAAGACAGAACCUGCGGCGGCGAUUCACUGUCACACUGCAAUUUGUUUUCGGGCAAGUGGGUGUUUGAUAACCAAACAUACCCUCUAUACAAAGAGAACCAGUGCACUUUCAUGUCUGAUCAGUUGGCCUGUGGGAGGUUUGGGAGAAAAGACUUGAGCUAUCAGAACUGGAGGUGGCAACCUCACCAAUGCAACCUUCCUAGGUUCAACGCCACAGCGCUGCUGGAGAGGCUGAAGAGCAAGAGGCUUAUGUUUGUUGGGGAUUCUCUGAAUAGGGGCCAGUGGGUGUCGAUGGUUUGCCUGCUUGAUUCAUGGAUCCCUCCAAAGCUUAAAUCAAUGAGCAGCAAUGGCUCAUUAAUCACCUUUAAGGCCAUUGAAUACAAUGCAUCAAUUGAGUUCUACUGGGCUCCGUUGCUGGUGGAAUCGAACUCCGACGAUCCAGUGACCCACCGGUUACCAGAACGGAUUGUGAGAGUGAAGGCAAUUGAGAAGCAUGCUAGGCAUUGGACCGACGCCGACAUACUCAUCUUUGAUUCCUAUCUCUGGUGGAGAAGACCCAAAAUGAAUGUUUUGUGGGGAUCAUUCGAAAGCCCUGAUGAUGCGAUUUAUAAAGAUGUAGAGAUGCUGCGGGUCUAUGAGAUGGCUCUGAGGACGUGGUCUGAUUGGUUGGAAGUGCAUGUUAAUAGAACCAAGACCCAAUUGUUUUUUGUUAGCAUGUCACCAACUCAUGAAAGGGGUAAAGAUUGGGGUGGUGGUGCAAAUUGUUACGCAGAAACAGAGCCAGUUUCAAGAGAGGGGUACUGGGGAAGUGACUCGGAUCCAAAAAUGAUGCGAGUGGUUGAAACCGUGCUUGAUGAAUUGAAAACAAGAGGAGUGAAUGUACAGAUGCUUAACAUCACCCAGCUGUCUGAAUACAGAAAAGAAGGCCACCCAUCAAUCUACAGGAAGCAAUGGGAUUCCCUAACAGAAGAGCAAAUAUCAGAUCCCAGUAGUUAUGCAGACUGUAUACAUUGGUGCCUCCCUGGAGUGCCCGAUGUCUGGAAUGAGUUCCUCUAUGCUUACAUUGUUCAUAACAAGCAAAUCCGUUGUUCUUUCAUGAUGCAGCGGUGGAACAGAAAGAAAACCCAUUUUCCUUUGCUGGUGGUUCUCUUACUAGUCUUCAUAGUUUUUACAGUCCUCUACAACGAAAGUAACAUCCAGCGAAUCCAAGAAAACCCGGACCAUGUUCAUCAUCAUCAAGAAGCUUCGGACAGAUAUGUUAAGCCAAAUCGUUUAAACCCAGGUCAAGAGGUUUUGGAUAGAUUCAGUAAGUGUAACUCCACAAGGGACUAUAGUGGUCGGAGAAUUGCAUGGGUUGACCGUCCGGCGGUGAACAGUCAACGGAGAGUGGCUUCGCAGACCUGUGAUGUGUUCUCGGGGAAAUGGGUGUUUGAUAAUACUUCUCAUCCGCUGUACAAUGAGUCGGAGUGUCCGUACAUGUCGGACCAAUUGGCGUGUCACAAGCAUGGGAGGUCUGAUUUGGGGUACCAGUACUGGAGAUGGCAACCCCACAACUGCAAUUUGAAGAGAUGGAGUGUGACUGAAAUGUGGGAGAAGUUGAGAGGGAAAAGGCUAAUGUUUGUGGGGGAUUCACUUAACAGAGGGCAAUGGAUAUCAAUGUUGUGUUUGUUACAGUCGGUGAUUCCGGCAAACAAGAGAACCAUUACGCCAAAUGCCCCUCUUACAAUUUUCAGAGCAGAGGAAUAUAAUGCAACUGUGGAAUUUCUCUGGGCCCCAUUACUUGUUGAAUCUAAUUCUGAUGAUCCCGUGAAUCACAGAUCGGAUGAACGGAUAAUCCGUCCUGAUUCAAUCCUUAAGCAUGCAUCGCAGUGGGAGCAUGCUGAUAUACUAGUUUUCAACACAUACUUGUGGUGGCGACAAGGCCCAGUUAAGCUGUUAUGGAGUACUGAAGAAAACGGGGUAUGUGAAGAAUUAGAUGGGCUAGGAGCCAUGGAAAUGGCCAUGGGGGCAUGGGCAGACUGGGUGGCUUCUAAAGUUGAUCCCCUCAAGAAGCGAGUCUUUUUUGUUACCAUGUCCCCGACGCAUCUCUGGAGUAGAGAGUGGGAACGAGGAAGUGAAGGUAAUUGCUAUAAUGAGAAAACCCCUAUAGAUUUGGAAGGCUACUGGGGAAGUGGUUCUGACUUGCCUACAAUGAGCAUGUUGGAGAAGGUCCUCAGUAGGUUAGGUUCAAAGGUUUCAGUUCUCAAUAUUACUCAACUCUCGGAGUAUCGGAAAGACGGCCACCCUUCAAUCUACCGCAAGUUUUGGGAGACACUGAGGCCGGAACAACUGUCGAACCCUGCGAGUUACUCUGAUUGCAUACAUUGGUGCUUGCCUGGUGUACCUGAUGUGUGGAAUGAAUUACUUUUUCAUUUUUUGUAAAAACAAAUGUAUACUAGAAAGGUCUUCUUAGUUGGUUUGAUAUAGAGAAUUAACAAUGGAAGAGGGAAGUUUGAGUUUUGAUCCUGCCAAUGCAUUGAUGCUUCAAUUCUUAAGGAAAGUGGUUGCUUGUAACAAGAUACUCUGUUAAUUUAUUCAGUCCAAAUAUUAAAGAUCAAGAUUUGGGCUGUGUUAAUUCUUUUGAGAGGGUGUUUUUUGUUUUUGUUUGAAAAAGUAUUAUGAUGUGAUAUAAAAGUAAAAAUAGUUUUGAGUAUUUUA